AUGCCCGAUAUCAAAGUAUUCGACAAUCUUCAAGGCCUCCUUCAGCGGACUAUCUCGGGACUCGGCCGAGCUACACUGGGGCAAUAUUUCUCGACCGUAUUGCGAGCGCCCCGCCCUCCUGAGCCCUCAGAGAAGGACAGGCCACGACAGCAAAGAGCGACUAGUGUGCACCAGCAGGAAGAGAAGUUCUGGAAACUAUACUUCGACUUCAUCGCGGAGAGAUAUGAUAAGCAACUGAUGGAAGGCUGGAUGGGGGACACAAACGGCAUCACGUUCUUUACGGGCUUGUUUGCGGCCGUCGUCGCCACAUUCGCCAGCGGCAGUCUCACGAUGCUUAUGGCUCAACGCACUACCGCCCUUGUAUGGAUCAACAUCCUAUGGUUCGCCGCUCUCUUCAUCUCCAUCGUAUGCGGGUUUCUCGCAAUCAAGAUUAUGAAGAUGGCCCGACAGUACGAUCGUGAAUACCGCAAUCGCGAAUGUCGCGAGGAGCGUGGGCCCGCGCAUCUAACUGGCGCCCAGCGUGUGACCCUCAGCAUAGCCAUCCAAGUUUUAUCCGUGCUGCUGCACGUUGCGCUGUUCCUGUUCUGUGCCGGCAUUCUCGUCUCUCUCUUCGCUGCCGACAUGGCCGUAGGAUGGACCAUCACGGUGCUAAUGGUCAUCAGCUUCGGCUUCUACCUCAUCCUCUACACGCUGCCCUACUUCUUCUUCGGGAAGGACCACGACAACCGCCUUCACGCCCGAAGUCUUAUCCGCACCGUGCGGUCCCUCGUAUUGCGCAAGGAUACCCCAAUGCUCAAUAGCAUCACGUCGGAAGACCUGCGCUCGGCUCUUCGAUUGCUCGUCUCGAACAUUGAUGACCCUCAAGAGGCGCGCAAGGUGUUCGACGUCAUCACGCCUAUGCUGUCGCUUGGGAAGGACAAUUGGCAUCCGGCCGGGGCGACUCCGCACGACAUUGCCGAAUUCCUCGUGGCGCAGACGAAGGUCCUCGCAAAGCUGAACAUCCUCAUCGGCUCUUGCAUCUUUCGUGGCACGCGCGCGUACAACGAGGAAGACUGUCACCACCAUCUCCACAGUGCCUACACCUUCUGGCAAGUCAUUAUCGCGACACUUCCCUCGGACCCGUCCGUGGCCCACGAUACCGUAUUUUUGGCUCUAACGAAGGAGUACGGGGUCCCGGAGAUCGGCCGGCCUCUACCUCCGCUCACGGAGUCCAAGCUCUUCUACGGCAAGAAUCUCAGCUUCGCCUUCAACUCUACGGCGUUGAUGGCCCGCUGCUACGCGAACCUCAUGCGCGGCGAGGAGCACCGUCUCAUGGAGGACUGGACGGCCGGGUGGGAUAUCGAGAAGGCAUUGGAGCUUAUGCCAGACUACGCUUCGAGCAAGACCACUUCGGCGAACCUCUUGGCUAUCGCGAGCGGCGUGUGCAAGCAGGGGAGACAGGCCUGUGGCCGUUGUUCGCUUCUGUACUUCCUUCGCGAUGUCAUCGACUUCGGCACCAACGUCAAUGGUCGUGCGCAUGCGGCGGCCGUUGGGAAGUCUACGGUCUACGAGCUUUCUACGAACAACGCCAAGUGGUGGAAGCUCAUCUUCUUCGAGCUACAGAAGUCUGUCAACGUAUCCGCCCGGCCCGGCGACAAACUUGACGAUUUCCCGGACGCCAACACAGCACCCGCGCAUACCGCUUACAAAGGAGUUCUUCAACUCCUCGUGCAUCUCGGACUUGAGAAUGUCAUUCAAGGCGACCUGGCGGUAAAUAGCAUGGCGGAAAUGUCGGACGACUCGCACAAGGCCAUAUUCAUCGCAUUCCCAUUCCUUGUGGACUGCCUGAAGGACCUCACCGUAUGGCUCAAGACGGGUCUGCCAUCCGGCAUGGACAUGAACCAACUCAGUCAACUGCUCCUCGGCGCGGACCACUCUCAGGUAACCCAAACAGUCGCGAGGACUACUUCUAGCGUAUACGAUGUCGGUUCGCCGGUUACGCCUCGCCGAAGACAGAUGCACGCGGUACCACUGAGCCGAACAGGCGCAUUCAAAGUCGAACUACGGACCAUCAGCGAGUCUCCACGCGAGAAUGAGAACCCGACCGAACCAUCUGCGCCGCGCAUACAAUCUUCUCACUCAGUGCCAGUCUCUCUCCACAGGCUUCAGAUUCCUGGAGGCGUCGCUGAGAAGCAGCGGAAACGCGCGGCUAUGCACGUCGGCAACGUCUGCACUCGUUGA